GUUCUGUCACUGUCCAUUUCUGGAAGUGGGUUACUGUUGUCCAGCCAUCUGAUAACAUAUGGUAUGUUCCCAGAAAUGAGAACACAGCCAGGCAUCAACAACAUAGGGUUAAUGCUUAAUCUUUUUCUUGCUCAGUUAAUUUUAAUUACUGGCCUGGAUCAGACACAAGAUAAAAUAUUGUGUAGAAGUACUGGAAUAAUUACCCAUUACCUCUGGCUCGGUAUGGCACUAUGGAUGAAUGUGUGUACCUUUCACAUGUUCAAGGUAUUUGUUUUACAGAAACUGGUAAGAAAUUCUGCCCCGUCUCACGGUAUUCAUACACUGAAGUACACUGCUUAUGCCAAUGGGUUACCAAUGAUACUGAUAGUUUGUAUAGUUAUUACAAAUGUCAAGUUGUCAGGGGGAAUGGAGAUAGGUUAUGGGGGUAAUGUGUGUUAUCUAUCUUCUAAACAACUUGUUGGCUAUUGUUUUGUUUUACCCUUAUGUCUCGUCAUUAUACUAAAUAUUGUUUUCUUUUUGUGGACAAUUAUCUCCAUCUCUCGCGUAAAACAACAGGGAAAACAAUCUGGGGAACGAAACAAUAUUGUAAUUUAUAUAAAGCUUUCUGUUCUGACCGGUCUGUUUUGGUUGCUAGCUAUUUUAUCAAAUUUUAUCAUCAGUUGGGCUUUAGAAUAUCUGUCUGUAAUCUUUAAUGCAUCUCAGGGAGUCUUCAUUCUGUGGUCCUUUAUAUUAAAGAAAUCUGUGCUUUCUAAAUGGAAGCGAAAACUAUUUGGUGAAGCAGAAUCUGUCAGAAGUGAACAAGAGACAAAAUCUAGCCAACUUAAGUCAGUGUAGAUCCGGCUUGUAGUAUAGUCAGGGUUUUCAUCCAUCGUUGACAUAAUUAAAGUUCUGACAUACUUGCAUAGCAGCUACAUGUUGGUAGACAGAACAAUAACUUAGAUAUACAUGAUCAUAUGUAUAGGACUUCAAACACCCAACACAAUAGCUAGAUGACUUAAUCAUGGGAAAACGCGAGUGACAUUUGUACAUUUGUACUUUAGUAGUAGUUUGUUUCUGUAUUCUCCAAUAAUGUUGGUAUAAACGAUCGUCUAUAAGCUCCAGUAUAGAU